AUGCAAACCAUUGAACUUGGAACGCCUUCAGCUUCUAACACCCCUUCUGUUUCCAGCAAAACAAAUCCAUCAAAAUUAACCACAAGUUUCGAUGGCAAUAAAAUCGACGAACAGGAUCCUUACUUUACGGUUACUAGAAAACUGCAUGCACUAGCUGAUAUCGUUGGUGCUCAACAAAAGGAGAUUGAAAACCAAAAGAAGGAAAUUCAUUCAAAAACGAAAUGUGUUGAAGAACUUAAGCUUCUUUUAGCAAAUACGAGACCUCCUAUCGAUGCAGGACUUGCUUUGAACAAUUAUGCUUCUGGAAGCCCUUCUUUGGCAACACCAUCUGUACCUUCAGCUACUGCUUCCGACAAUGGGCUACAGGCGCCAAAGUUAAUGCAUCCUAGUUCUGGUGGUAUGGGUAGUCUCUACUCAUAUCCCAACGGAGCUUCAUCAGCUUUGAGUGAUGUUUCUGGCUCCCUCAACUUCCCUCGAAAGCCUGAAUUAUCAAGCCGAAAGUCAACUUCCUCUACCUCAUUUUCACUUCCUAAAGGACUGAGUAAUGAAAACUACUCAUCUGCUUCAUCGACAUCUGAUAUUCUUGAGUCAUCUAAAGCUAUAGACAGGAAAACUAAACUAACAAACACCCCUUGGGAUUUAUGUAAUAACAAUCAUUCUGAUCUUUCUUUGGCCAAUUUACAACUAGAUGGAACUAAACCAACCAUUGCCAACAAUCCUUUAUCAAACUCAUCCAAGCAUGGUAUUCAAAAAUCUGUAUUCUCAGCCAGUACGGAUGCAUCUAGUACUGACCAAACUGCAUACGUGCGUGAUUUAUGGCCUAAUGAAACAAAUGCAAGCAUGGCCUCUGCAACCUUAGGAUCAAACCUAGUAUCCGCCUUGAAAGCUCCUUCAUUGAACUCUUCAAGAAGCUCUUCUUAUACGAAAGGACCCACCGGUUCAAAUGUACCAUCAAUCUGGGAUCCUUCUAACAAUGUUUCGUUGCCAACUAUAAACGAUUCUGCAAAUCCUCGCGAAAAUGCCAUCCGUUACCGAAAGCUCUCCGAGAGGAACGCCGUUUACGAUUGGAAUAUAAUUGUUAACAAAAUUAUAUUAAGCAAUGAUCAGCAAUCCUCUAUAUUCCUUCAACAAAAGCUGAAGAUGGCAUCUCCUGAGAUUAAACAAGCUAUCAUUGAUUGCAUAUUAGUCCAGGCCUGUCCAUUGAUGCUCAACCGAUUUGGCAAUUUUUUGAUUCAACGUUGCUUUGAACAUGGAACCCCUCAUCAAGUUCGAGUUAUUGGAUCUACCAUCAUGGGGAAUAUGUACAAAUUGGCUACCGAUCCUUUCGGAUGCCAUGUCGUACAGAAAGCAUUUGACAAUAUCGACGAAGAUAUCAAGUAUUCCAUGAUGGAGGAGUUAUUUCUUACGAUUAAUGAGACGAUAAUGCAUCAUUAUGCUUGUCAUGUUUGGCAAAAGCUCUUUGAAACGCGUUGGUACAAGUAUCCCGUGAAUGUUAUGGACCGAGUUAAUAUAGCUUUGAAAGGAAAAUGGCAUGAGGUGGCAUUAGGAGAAAAUGGAAGUUUGGUUGUUCAAAACAUGUUUGAAAAUUGCGUUGAGAACGAUAAACAAGACUGCAUUGAGGAAGUUAUCCUCCACCUGGACCUAAUUGUACGUGGCCAAUGGGGUAACUGGGUAAUUCAACACAUGGUUGAGAAUUCUCAAGGCGAUGCUUUACGACGCGUGGUGGGUGGCUUGCUUCUACGAGCUACAGAAUAUAGUGUGGAUCAAUAUGCCUCCAAGGUCAUGGAAAAAGCAAUCAAGUUUGGCCCAAGGGACUUUAUUUCUCUAUAUCUAAAACAAAUUACGAAUGCUAGAAUGGAUCGAACAAGACAGCCAUUGAUUGACAUUGCAUCGGACCAAUAUGGUAACUAUUUAAUCCAACAGAUAAUUCAGCUUGCUCAGCCCAGUGAUCGCUCGACUGUGAUCACGCAUAUAAAAAAGCAUAUGGUGUCUCUUCGCGGAAGCAAAUAUGGCCAAAAGGUCGCAUUCCUUGCCGAGAAAUGGAAAACCCAGAACCCGCAGUUUCUUUCGAACGCUGGUUUUGAUUGA